AUGCCAGCGCAGACAACUGCGGAGGGUGAGAGUGAUGCGGCAGAGCCACACACGGGGGGCGAUCCGCCUGCGAACGCGCAGGAGGCUUCCGCAGCUUUCAAGGAUCUCCUGAUGAUGGAUGAGUUUCUGAUGGCAUCAGCGCCGAAGGCUGAUGUAUUUGCAAGCUUGUCCGAUACCGACGCAGUUUUCGCAAGCUGCACCGACAAAGACCAGCUCGCAAAGAAGGCCAGCGAUGUUGGCGACUCGGUGAAAGACAUGAAGCUGGUGGUGGCAGCUCUCAAGCGAUCGAUGAAAGACGUCCAAGGCACCCAGAAGCAGCUGCAGAAAGCCAAAGAGCGCUACGAUCAAGAAAAGGCCCGAGCAACCGCAGGUGGUGCACCCGGCACCUUGCAGGGGCGGCCAAACCUCAGCAGUUUGGCCGUGAACGACAGUGACCCUCCGGUUAUCCGGGGAUACAAGCACAUGCAUGGCAAGCGCGAGAUGCUGCUGAUCAAGAACGUUGAGGAGGCCAUUUCAAAGAUGGACGUGGGCAACGGCUUCAUCCUGAGGAAGGGCCGCAGCGUGCUGUCAGCGAUAGUGAAGGACCAGACAGUCAAACAAACGCUGGAAGGCGCGCUGGAGGAGUUCAAGAAGAAGCUCGGAGAGACGACGGUGGCAAGGUUUCAGAUUCAUGGCUGA